CUCUCUCUCUGCCUUGGCGUCUCGGGGCCGGGGCGGCUUCUCUCCCACCUAACUCGCUUCGCUUCUCCCUCUCGCUCUCCUCCCGUGUCCACGCGCGAGAGGAGGGCGAGGAGGAGGGAGGGGCGCCAUGGACGCGCGGGCCCGGGAGGCGGCGGAGAGCAGCGGCGCCGCGCUGCCGCUCGCCGUGCGGGAGCUCGUCGCUGGAGGGGUCGCCGGAGGCGUCGCCAAGUCCGCCGUCGCGCCGCUCGAGCGCGUCAAGAUUCUCUUCCAGACAAGAAGAGCAGAGUUUCAUGGUUCUGGAUUGAUAGGAUCCUUCCAAACUAUCUUUCGGACAGAAGGUCUUUUAGGGUUUUACAGGGGAAAUGGAGCUAGUGUUGCUCGAAUUGUUCCUUAUGCAGCUUUGCAUUAUAUGGCCUAUGAAGAAUACCGCCGAUGGAUCAUUCUUGGUUUUCCUAAUAUUGAGCAAGGGCCUGUUCUUGAUCUCAUGGCCGGAUCGAUAGCUGGAGGAACAGCUGUCAUAUGCACAUACCCUCUUGAUCUAGUCCGCACAAAGCUGGCUUAUCAGGUAAAAGGUGCAGUGAAUAUCGGUUUCAGAGAAUCUAAGCCCUCUCAGCAGGUUUACAAAGGGAUCAUGGAUUGUGUCAAAACAAUAUACAGACAAAAUGGACUGAAAGGCCUAUACCAUGGCAUGGCUCCAUCACUAUAUGGAAUCUUCCCUUACUCUGGUCUUAAGUUCUACUUUUAUGAGAAGAUGAAGACUCAUGUUCCUGAAGAGCACAGAAAAGAUAUCAUAGCAAAACUUGGUUGUGGAUCAGUUGCUGGUUUGCUAGGACAGACAAUAACAUACCCCCUUGAUGUUGUUAGGCGGCAAAUGCAGGUUCAGGCCCUUUCAUCAUCCAGCCUUGUGGGGAAAGGAACAUUUGAAAGCCUUGUUAUGAUAGCGAAACAGCAAGGUUGGCGACAACUAUUCUCAGGAUUAUCUAUCAACUAUUUGAAGGUUGUACCAUCUGUAGCCAUAGGAUUUACUGUUUAUGACUCGAUGAAGGUUUGGCUUAAAGUUCCAUCAAGGGAGGAAGCAGCAACUGUUGCUGUAUUGACAGAAGAAAGAAGUAAUGCAGCUCCUAUUCACUCCAGUUAGAAUGAGUUUAACUCUUUCGAUGAUGUGAUGCUCCUUGCUGCCUUAACAUUCAUAAGGCGUGUAGUAUAGCAUUCUUUUUUGGAGCCGCAUCGCCAUAGUUACUAGGCUUCAACAAUAAAAUGGAGGUAGUGAUCGACCAUCAAUAAGCCCAUAAGCAAGUCGUCGAUGCCAAGAAACAUCCUAGCAUUUAACAAGAGGUACAUAAUUCCUUGCAAAUUACCAAUUCUUGUGGAAUUUCACCCUGUACAGAUUCUGUAUAUAAUUGAAUAGUAGCUUGUCUCAAACUGAGAAGUUCUUGGUGAGGUCAGAAUUCAGAACCUUGUUUAGUUCCAAAAAAAAAAACUCAGAGCCUUUCAAAGCUAAUAUGCUCGUCUUUCUACUUCUGCUUGUUGAUUAAAAAGCUGAGUUCAGACUUGGGA